CACCGCAUCGCACCACAGGACCGGCGAAUGGCAUCAAUGAGAGAGCCAUGAACACGCAGCAUGACCCGCAGCAUGUGACGCAACCCCUAAAUGUCGCCCGCAACGCGGCAUGGGUUGGUGGAGCCGCUGCAAUUCCCGGCACCGUCAUUGGCGCCUUCUAUGGCACUCUCCGCACCCAGACUCCCGUCCUCUUCUCAGUCAUCUCAGGAGCGCAAUGGUUCGCCAUCGGCACUACUUUCUGGGCCGCCCGGACUUCGGUCCUCAACCAAGAUGGCCUACUGAACUGGUGGAACAUCACUCGUGGAGUACCCUCUCAUCUUCGCAAUGAUCUCAACCCCACCCUGAAGGACAAGGUCCGCGCCUCAACCAUAGCGGGCGCAUGCACUGGCUUCAGUCUAGGCUUUCUCUUUCGAGGACCUCAGAAUGUGAUCCCAGGCACCAUCAUGUUCACUCUCUUUGGCUGGGCGGGGCAGCACGGCUACAACUACCUCGAUGCCAGGAACUCUAGUGAGCUCCGGGAGCAGGCGCAAUUAAGAGAAAAAGGGGGAGACUCGCCAAAAGAAAAUUUUAUGCAAAGAAUCGCCAAGAGCAAAUGGAGUCCCAUGUCUGUGCUUAGCGAUGAGGAGUAUGUCAGCUUGAUGCAAGAGAAACUUUUGAAGGUCGAGGCAGAGAUAGCAAUCAUUGAUGACCGGAUCGAGGGGUUCAGGGCAAAGGCAAAGGCAAUGGAAGUGCAGGAGAAGACCAAGCAAGCACCGGAGCAAGUACCAGAGAAGGAGUGAGGUCCAGCCACUGCCAGGAGUCAUUUUCAUAGCUCGGAGUGAUGACGUAAGAUGUUUCGAUGUCUUCUUAGAUUUUCUCUGUAAACUUUUGUCUGUCUGUGACAAUUUCGGCAUGCGACAUCUAUCAGCAUAAGCUUUGACCACAUGUUCAGUUUCAGGUCUCACUAUCUC